GGGAGGGCUGGCCGCCCAGCUGCCGCGCUCAUGGGGGCCAGCCGCAGCGCCCUGCGGCUCGCGGCGGCGGCUCUGCCCGGCCUUGCGUGCGCGGCCGCUGGCAUCGCGGGGGCAGAGGCGGCGGGAGGCGCCGUGGGCUCCGCGCGAGCGCUGGAGGCGGCGGCGGGUGGCCAUCCAAUCAAUGCCGCCGAGACCUCCAUUUGCCUGGCAUGCUCUGCGAUGUCCGGGGUGGGCGUGGGCUUUUUCGGCUGCCUCCUCGCCGCCUCCGACGUCGUCCGGAAGGCGAACGGCAACAGGCACACGCGUCGGAGCAAGCUCGGCGUCACGAUUGGCGCCGUCGGCUCGACGGUGUUCGGUCUGGGCUCUCUGGUGGGCCUCUAUUUCGGUCCGGUGACCUUUGUCACGAUGGCGCGGACGGGGACGGCGUUGCCCGCGAACGUCGUGUUCAGCCAAGUCUUCCAGCUGAGGCCGCUGGGGCGGGACGACUACCUGGGGACGGUGAUCACCAUCUCCAGCGCCAUCUGCUUCAUGAUCUUCGUCGGCCAGCCGGGCGACGAGCUGUCCAGGGACGCCUUCGAGGAGGUCAUCCGGAGUGCCCCCGCCCUGUCACUGCUGGGCGGCCUCGCGGCGAUCUGGGCCGCGUGCACCGUCUACAUUGUGGCCCUGAGGGCUCGUGGCAUGCACGAGCGGAGGGGCGUCCGCACCGCGACCGCCGUGUCCCUGAUGACGGGUUGCUCGUCGGCGUUCAUGGACGUCUCCACCAAGGGCUGGGCCGCUUGCCUCCGCUCGGCGGGGGGGCCGCUGGAGGUGGUCGCGCGCGGCGGCUGGCUAUUCUGGGCGUGCGUCGUGGCCAACGUCUUCUUCAUGGUCUUCAUGCGCUUCGGCCUCAUCUGGGGCUGCCAGCACUGCGACGUGCUGCUGUUCGUUCCCCUGAACUCGGUGCUGAACACCCUCUUUAGCGUCGUUGCCGGCAUCGUCGCCCUCAGCGAGGGCAGCGGCGUGAUCUCUUGGGCGGGCCUGGUGUUCUCGGGCAUCAGCUGCGCGACGGGCACGGUCCUGCUGGCGGGCGGGCCGCAGGACGUGAUCGACGACGCCAGGUCGGACAUCUUCACCGAGGGCGGCGCCGAGGACGACGAGGGCGACGGCGCGGCCGAAGAGGCGAGCCCUCAGGAGCUCGGCGGCGCCGCGGGGGAGGCGACGCCGUACGUCGUCAGGCUGUGCUCCGCGGGCAACUGGACCACGGCCGUGUCCAACAUGAACAUGGAGCUGAAGGCGCGGUGGCGGCACAAGUCGAGGAUCCGGAGUCUGGUCGACAGGAUCUCGAAGGGCGGGCGCCGCCGCGCGGACAGCACGGCGGACAGCGCCGACGGGUCCUCCGAGAGCGAGGGGUCGCACGAGGGCAUAUGCUAAUGCUAUGCUGCAGGCUGUAGCGCGCAGUGUCUCGAGGCGGAGAACUGCGCGGGCCCCCCCGCGGGCGCGGCGCGCGGAGAAAAAAGCAAGCGUCAGCAGCGCAAUCCCUGGCGGGAGCGUCCAACCCCCCAGGUGGGGAUGCGCGCCCUGCAGGAGUACGCGCACCGCUCAGGCGCUGCACUGCAAGUGGCGUGCUGAAGGAGUCCAGGGUGGUGCUCGCUCAGACGUCGUCCACUGGGCGGUGCUUUACCGUCCUUCGGGCGUCAGGGUGCACGUGAUGCGGGAGGCGGGGGUCAAGAGGGAGGUGGAGGAGGAGAUCUCGAUGCUGGUGGCGAUGGCAGAUCUCAGGCAGGAGGGUGAUGCUUGUUUGUCAUCCGCUCCGCUCGGCCACCAUCCUUUCCCUCUCUUGCGCGCUGGCAACGAGCACUCUUGCUAGCCUGCCACGUGUCGCCAUGCGGGGACGGUGGCGACGGGCGGCACCGCCCGCAAAAGCCGACACUCGCCCCGAGCGGCGGCGACGGCGACGGC